AUGAAGAGGCAGAAAGGAAAUAGCUUUCUUAUGUACUGGUUACUAUGGCACCUCCUACCGUUAGCAGCUGGAACCAGUCCAACGUCCAGUAUGGCAAUCACAUCAGCCAGUGCAACCUCCGGUGAAACCAGCACAUCCUCUAAUGCCACAUCCAGAGAGAUGGCCAGCAGGACCAGCACCACCCCAGAUGCAGCACUUGGUACAACCUCGGGUGGGACCAGCACACCCUCCAACCCCACCUCUACUGAGGUCUCCAGUGAGCCCAGCCCACCCUCCAGCCCUGCCUCCACUGAGGUCCCCAGUGAAUCCAGCACACCCUCCAACCCCACCUCUACUGCAAUCUCCAGCGAGCCCAGCCCACCCUCCAACACUGUCUCCACUGUAACCUCCAGCGAGCCCAGCACACCCUCCAACACUGUCUCCACUGCGGUCCCCAGUGAAUCCAGCACAACCUCCAACCCCACCUCUACUGCAAUCUCCAGUGAGCCCAGCCCACCCUCCAGCCCUGCCUCCACUGAGGUCCCCAGUGAAUCCAGCACACCCUCCAACACUGUCUCCACUUUAACCUCCAGCGAGCCCAGCCCACCCUCCAACACUGCCUCCACUGUAACCUCCAGCGAGCCCAGCCCACCCUCCAACACUGCCUCCACUGUGACCUCCAGCGAGCCCAGCCCACCCUCCAACACUGUCUCCACUGCGGUCUCCAGUGAAUCCAGCACAACCUCCAACCCCACCUCUACUGCAAUCUCCAGUGAGCCCAGCCCACCCUCCAGCCCUGCCUCCACUGAGGUCCCCAGUGAAUCCAGCACACCCUCCAACACUGUCUCCACUUUAACCUCCAGUGAGCCCAGCCCACCCUCCAACACUGUCUCCACUGUGACCUCCAGUGAGCCCAGCCCACCCUCCAACACUGCCUCCACUGUGACCUCCAGCGAGCCCAGCCCACCCUCCAACACUGCCUCCACUGUAACCUCCAGUGAGCCCAGCCCACCCUCCAGCCCUGCCUCCACUGUAACCUCCAGCGAGCCCAGCCCACCCUCCAGCACGGUCUCCACUGCAGUCUCCAGUGAAUCCAGCAUGACCUCCUACACUGUUUCAACUGCCAUCUCCAGUGAAGCCAGCACACCCCUCUACACUGUCUCCACUGUGGUCUCCAGUGGGGCCAGCAUAACCUCCAACUUUGCCUCCACUGUAACCUCCAGUGAACCCAGGACAACCUCCAGCCCUGCCUCCACUGUGGUCUCCAGUGAACCCAGCACACCCCCCUACACUGGAUCCAUUGCAGUCUCCAGUGAACCCAGGACAACCUCCAACACUGUCCUCACUGUGACCUCCAGUGAUCCCAGCACACCCUCCAGCCCUGCCUCCACUGCGGUCUCCACUAUAACCUCCAGUGAACCCAGGACAACCUCCAGCCCUGCCUCCACUGCGGUCUCCAGUGAAGCCAGCACACCCCCUUACACUCUCAUCCUCAGUGAAUCCAGCACACCUUCCUACACUGCCUCCACUGUAGCCUCCAGUGAGCCCAGCACACCCUCCAGCACGGUCUCCACUGUGACCUGCAGUGAGCCCACCACAACCUCCAGCUCUGCCUCCACUGUGGUCUCCAGUGAAGCCAGCACACCCCCCUACACUCUCUCCACUGUGAUCCCCAGCAAAACCAGCACACCCUCUUACACUGGAUCCAGUGAAAACUCCAGUGGGGCCAGCACAGUUGUCAACACUGGACCCAGCACGAUUUCUGGUGGGGCCACUACUACCCCCAACUCUGGAUCCAGUGCAAGCUCUGGAUCUAGUGCAAGCUCUGGCAAUUCUGGCACGCCUGCUCCCGCUGGAAUGCAAACAAGCCCCAACAGAAUUAGCACAAGUGUUGCUACUCCAGUCAGUGGGGUGAAGCCUAGUGGUUCCCUGGAGCCAUGGGAAAUCUUCCUCAUCACCCUGUUUACAGUGGUGGUGACUGUGGGACUCCUUGCUGUGCUCUUCUUCUAUUUGGUGAGUGCCUAG